AUGGAGAAUCAAAGGAAGAAGCACAGGGAGAGUCCAUUUCUACACAAUGAAGCAAAUGGUCUUCUUGUGCUAGUUUCGACCAGAAGUAGCCCCUAUACCUCAAAAGGACCCUUUAUUCACUCACUUGGGUUUGGUUUUGAUUCCACUACUGAUGACUAUAAGUUGGUGAGAGUAGUGUAUUUGAAAGAUAGUACUCUUAACUAUAAUGAGUUUCCGCCUUUGGUUGAGAUUUACAGUUUGAGAAGUAGGGGUUGGAGAAAGGUUGAUAAUAAUCUGAAAUAUGUCAUGCGCGAGGGCUCAACGUCUGCUUUUCUGAAUGGAGCUUGUCAUUGGGUUGCCACUAAGGAGGAUGGUAUAAGCGAAGUGAUUGUGUCCUUUGCUUUGGGAGAAGAGGUGUUUGGAGAAAUGGAGGUACCAGAUUGUCUGGUUAAGAAAUAUAUCUUUAUGGAUAUUGCUGCGUUUGAUGGAUCACUUUUGCUGGUUCUUUUUAUGAAAUUUACUACGGAAAGGUGUUUUUCAGUUUGGAUGAUGAAAAAAUAUGGUGUUCCAGGAUCUUGGACCAAACUUUUCAAUAUUUCACAUUUGGAAUGGAUACGAAGGUUAGUUGCAUUUAGGCAAAAUGGUAAGGUUCUACUGGCAAAAGUGGAUGGAGAGCUAGUUUCCUAUGAUCCAAAGACAGAAGAAAUCUCGGCUACAGAAAUUUUAGGCAAUACACGCUCCUUUUAUUUGGACACUUUAGUGGAGAGUCUUGUUUUACUCGAUGAAGCAAAUGAAUUUGCAGAGGAGGAAGCUUCUGAGGAUGAUGGCACAAAUGGAGUUUCAAAGGAGCCUUCUUCUUCUCCUGAUGGCGUAGACAAGGACUUGCAGAAGAUUAGUGAAGGGAAGAAGAAUGCCAACAGUCCUAUGAUACUGAACGAAGCAAAUGAAAUCUUAGAGGAGGUUGCACCUAGUUCUAAUUCACGGAUAGUAAUUGAUAAAGCAAAUGAAGAAUCAAAGGAAGAAGCACAGGGAGAGUCAAUUUCUACAGAAUGA